AUGGGCUUAGCAGCAAGUUCAGGACAUGAUAACGACGAUUUGAUAGACAAACUUAUUGAUGCCAAUAUUGUUGUCACUCAUCGUGUUGAAAUUGCUUUAAGAUUGGUUGAUCGUCGUCGAUUUUUUCCAGUAGAAGGUCGAUAUAUAGCAUAUAAGGAUUUGGCUUGGAAAAGCGAUUUUGGAUCUCCCGGACGUAUACACAUCUCUGCUCCAUGUAUAUAUGGCAAUGUUUUAGAAUGUUUGGAUCUACAAGAGGGCAAUAGUUUCCUUAAUGUUGGUUCUGGUACGGGUUAUCUGAGUACAGUUGCUGGGUAUCUGUUAGGUAGCAAUGGUACGAAUCAUGGUGUUGAAAUUCAUUCAAAUAUCGUAGAUUAUGCACGUUCAUUAGUUGUCGAAACAUUGAAUUGUCCAGAAACACAGUGUUACGAUUGGGCAAUUCCACAAUUCUCAUGUGGUAAUGGAUUGCAUCUUAGUCCAUCCCAUUAUAGUAAAUAUGAUCGUGUAUACUGUGGUGCUGCUGUUCCGCCAUCAUAUCGACGAAUUCUCUGGGAAUUAUUAAAAGUUAAUGGUAUUCUUGUAAUGCCCUAUGAGGAUCAGUUGUUACAAGUACGUCGUCAAUCAGCGAAUGUGUUCGAUGUUAAAAUUAUUACUUCCGUUUCAUUUUCGGAUUUCAUACCACCUACUGAAGAGGAAACAUCAAAAGAACUCUACUCGAAUGCUCCAUCGUUCAGAAUGGUUCCUACGUUGCAGUUCUUAUGCGCCUUAUCCAUACGUAAAAUUAUUCGUGCUGCAGUUGCUUCGAAUCAUAAAAUACAUAUUCGAAACUUUGUUGGUCAACAACCACACCGAAUACGUGAAAAUCAUGUCGUCGUUCAAUUUCGUGAUGGUGAACAGCCAGUGGCACAACAAUUUCAUUUUGAAAAUCGUCAUCCGCCAUUACGUGAAAUAUUAGCUAUCGUUGGAGCAGAUUUUAUUGGCGAUGAUGAAAACGACGUUAAUGAUGAUGUCGGAGAGGCAGAACCGGGACGAAGAAGACGUUUGGUCCGUGAUAGAUUCCGAAUGGUAUGGUUUCGGCAUCAUCUCCGUGCGCAUAUUGCUAAUCGAGUCGUAAGAAGACGUCGUCCACUUGAUGGGGAAGCGGAAGCGGAAGCGCAAGAAGAAGAUGCUGGAAUAGAAGAUGAUCAAAAUAGUGAUGUUGAAAUUACUGAUGAAAAUGAAAAUUCUGAGUACAGUGGUUCAGGUUCAUUGUCUGCAACUACUAGUGAUCCCACUGAUACAUCGGUUGAUACUACUGAAUCGUGUAAUGAUAAUACCUCAGCAACUGGACGUUCAAAGAAACGUUCGCUCGAGGAAUACGAUGGUGAAAGCAGUUUGAGUGUUAAACGACGUAAUGAUGAUGAUAAAGGUUUCACAGAUAAAGGAACGAUGGAAAUUGGACUUGUCAAUGAUUAUAAGACACAAAAUAUUCCAAAUGAAAAUGUUCCGGAUGAAAAUGGAUCAAAUGAUGAAUCUGCUAUAACUACCAUAGCUCAAGAAACGUUAACGCAACCGGAAGGUAAUGCUAAUCAAAAGAGCGAAGAAAACCUACCUGAACAAUCUGAACAUUUUGAAGAAGCGAAAAAUUCUAACAAUUUGAAAUUUGUUGAAAGAACGGUAGAAAAUAGUGAAGGAUCUGUUAGUCAUUGGGCUGAAGUAGUUGAGCAGUUGAGAGAUUUGCGGGAAAGAGAAGCUGAGGAUAAUAGAAUUAUUGUAGUGGGGAGUAUCUCGAAGCAUAACGGAAACAGCUUUCAUUCAAGUCUUCGAGAUCAAAGCAUUGAUUCUUGUGAAGUUCAGAAUGGCAUUACUCGGAGUAACGAUUUCGGCAAUUCUAAUCAUGAUGAAAAGUAUGAACAGGAAUCAAGUAAAUCUGCUAAUCUGUCGGUUCAAAUCCAAAAUUCGAAAAUGCACAACGAAGCAAACGAUGAAAAAUGGGUUAAUAAUCUUACAAAUACCAACAUACAUUCUACGGAACCUGAUGAAAUGGAAAAUACCUUAAGAGCGGAUCGUGAAUUUUUUCCUUCUUCGAAAGAUUUUGACACGAAGGAUGACGAAUUGAUGUGGCAAAAUAACAAAUUAUACAAAAAUAAAUCGGAAACGAGUUCUGCAGAGCGAUAUAACUCCAAUAAUUGUGAGAAUUUGGUAAGCAAUUCUUCAGAUAAAUCGGAAAUUUUAAGUACCUCAAAUAAUGAGCUGGAACAGGAUAAAAGUCAUCUGAUUACAAAUGUCGAAGGGGGAAACUCUGAUAAUGAUGGUGAUAAUGAUGAUUAUGGUGAUGAUGGUGAUGACGUCGAUGAUGACGAUGAUGAUAAUGAUGAUGACAGUGAUGAUGAUAGUGAUGACACUGAUGACGAAGAAGAUGGUAGUGCCGACAGCAAUUCGAGCGAUCCUGAAGAUCAGGAAGAUAAUCCAGAGUAUAACAAUGGUAAUCAUUUUUAUCCUGUUAACUCCCGAGAUGAAAAUGAUUUAUAUUUGGCCGUUCAUGAAACAGCACGAAAUAUAACUGCCGCAAUUAAUGAUCAGGCUUUUAAUCAUAAUCGUGGUAAUGGUGGUGAAGCUAUGAAUAAUAACUCUAGUUCACGUCGUAGAUCUAACGCUCGAGAUGAGUUGCAAGCGGAUGAGAAGAAACGUGAACAGGCUCGGUUGGAGGAACGUGGGCGACAAUUAAGUGAUAUUCGUAAAUUUGCUGCCCUUUUUGAAAGCCGAGUAAUGGAUUUACCGUUAAAUAGCGCUCUCAAAAAAUAUAUCAAAUGCCUUUGUUAA